AUGAAAAUAAUUGAGACUUUAAGAAGUGGUAAAAAUUUUUAUGGGAGAGACUCUGAUAAUUUUGCAAACAACAUUUCAUCUAUAUUUUAUAGAUAUGACUUAAGCUCAAAUUCUAGCUCAGCUCCAACUGUAGUUACUGUAUCAAAAAGCUCAUCCUCAGACACUACAGAUACGAAAAUGCUGUUUUCUUCAGUGGGUCAGGAAACACUAUUACUUCUUCAAGAAGCACUACUUCACCAUUAUUCUGGAGGAGAGGGGACUUUAAUUAAUUGGGAAAAUUCGGAUCACAAAGUUAAUAGACUUGAAUCUGUUUACACUAGAACAUAUGGCUCUGAAAAGGUAGUUCUUAGUAACAAGGGACAAAUUGAACCAGCUAUUGAUGAUGACGAAGAUAUAUUCGAAGGUGUUGGAUGUAUUUUUGAUCAUAAAGAAAGCAAGAGAACAAGAUCUAGGUCUUUUGAGAGAUCCUUAUCACCAGAUUUGGAUGAAUUUAUAGAGAAUAUUUAUGAUCUAAAGGAUGAAGUGUUAUCCAAUACUGAAGUUUAUUCACACAAUCGAACUGAAGUAAUUAAAGAUACUACAAAAGAGCAAAAUACCAUUUAUCAAGAUUCUGGGCCAGUUUCUAGAACAAGAAAUAGAAAGAAAGGCAUAGAUUACUCAUUAUUUUCUAGAAAAGGUCCUAUUAGUGCCUCCGAAAAAAGUCUUAGAGACCUUAAACUCCCACAAUUCCAGGAUUCCACAUCCUCAUACGCAGAAUGCUAUUUGGAAGUGGAUGGUGUGUCGCAAUACGAAACUCACCAUGAAGAAUUAGAACCAAUGAGCGUUAGAUCUUAUAAUAAAGAAGUGGAUGAUUCAUUACCAGUUAAAGAUAAUAAAAAAAAAAACAACAGUAAAUACAAAAGGAGGAGGGUUAAUUUCGUAAACCAGGAGUGGAAUUCUAUUCAGAAAAUUAUAAAUAGGCAAAAUUUCAGGUCUCUUGGAACUUUUAACAGUUUAAUUAGUCGUAAUAACUGUUCCCAAUAG